AGACACAGAGAGGGAAAGAGAGAGAGAGAGAGAGAGAGAGAGAAAGAAAAGAGAGAAAAGAGAGAAAGAGAGUGGAAAGAAAGAAAGAAAAAGAGAAUAUACACCAUGAGCUUUUUGCUGCAGAUUCUUCUAGCUUUGUUCAUCUCUCUGCUUGGGGGACUUUAUGUCCUUGGAGCUUUGCGGCGCAGAAGACCUGGAGAACCUCCUCUGGAUAAAGGCCCUAUUCCAUGGCUGGGACAUGUCCUAGAGUUCAGGAGGGACACUGCGAAGUUUCUAGAGAGGAUGAAAAAGAAACAUGGUGAUAUUUUCACCGUGCAGCUCGGAGGGUUUUACUUCACCUUCCUCAUGGACCCGCUGUCCUUCGGCUCAGUGGUUAAAGAGGCCCGAGCCAAACUGGACUUUAAUGAGUUCGCCAAGCACCUGGUUAAGCGUGUAUUUGGCUACCAUCCUAUAGAAGAUGACCACAAGCUCAUUCAGGCCGCCAGCAACAAGCAUCUGAUGGGUGAUGGCCUGGUAUUACUCACUCAGUCCAUGAUGAACAACCUGCAGAACCUCAUGCUACACAGCAUAGGGUCUGUAAGUGAUGGUGACCGGUUGUGGCAGGAGGACGGACUCUUUGCGUACUGCUAUAACAUCGUGUUCCGUGCCGGGUAUCUGGCGUUGUUUGGAAACGAGCUGGACAAGACUUCAGGGAGUGUCGAGAAAGCAAGGGAAGUCGACCGAAAGGAGUCAGAUGAGUUGUUUCGUGAGUUCCGAAAAUAUGAUCAACUAUUCCCAAAGCUGGCUUAUGGAGUUCUGGGACCUUUCGAGAAAAUGGAAGCAGAGAGGUUAAAGAGGCUUUUCUGGGACGUCCUUUCUGUGGAGAAGGUGGCCACCAAAGAGAACAUUAGUGACUGGGUAUCUGAAUCACAGCAGGUGCGUGAUGAACGUGGAGUCCACAAGUCCAUGCAGGAUAGACACAUGUUUCUGCUCCUGUGGGCGUCCCAAGGAAACACGGGUCCUGCAUCAUUCUGGCUUCUCCUCUUCCUCAUUAAAAACCCGGACGCCAUGCAGGCAGUAAAGAAGGAGGUCGACGAAGUUCUGCACGAAACCGGACAGGAGGUGAAGCGUGAUGGUCCACCGAUCAACCUGACCCGAGACAUGCUGCUCAAAACCCCGGUUCUGGACAGUGCCGUGGAAGAGAGCCUCCGUCUGACAGCUGCUCCAGUGCUCACACGAGCCGUCAUACAAGACAUGAGCCUGAAGAUGGACAACGGACGCGAAUACAAGAUCCGUGAAGGUGAUCGUGUCUCUCUCUUCCCCUACACCGCCGUCCAGAUGGACCCAGAGAUUCACCCCGAUCCACACACCUUCAAAUACGACCGCUUCCUCACAUCCGACGUUGGUAAAAAGACCGAAUUCUAUAAAGGAGGAAAGAAAGUGAAAUACUACACAAUGCCAUGGGGGGCCGGGGUCAGCAUGUGUCCCGGGAGGUUCUUUGCUGUCAACGAGCUCAAGCAGUUCGUCUUCCUCAUGCUCACAUACUUUGACUUUGAGUUGAAGAACCCAGAUGAAGAGAUCCCAGACAUUGAUGUGAGGCGGUGGGGCUUCGGGACCAUGCAGCCGACACGUGACGUUCCGUUUAAAUACAGGCUCAGGUUUUAAAUCAUGCUAAUGUGAACCUCAGCAGAGUUUAUUAUACCAGUGUUUAUCACUGCUACUGUUAUUCAUCUCAUUAUUAUCAGCUUCACAUGUACACUGAGGACUGCUUCACGUUUCACUGGUAUUUUAUUCUGUUCUGUGAAAAGCACUGGAAAGAUUUGGGAUGAAUAAAGAUAAUCAUCUUA